AGAGUGUCUGGAUCCCAGUGCUGAUCCACGGCGCCAUGCAGAACCAGCCUCCCCACGCGGCCUUCAUGUCCAUGUUCAUCCUGGAGGUCGACCAGUUCAUCCUCACUCCCAUGAGCACCGCCGCGCUGGACGCCAAGGACGACGAGACCCCCCGAGACCAGCUGGUCUUCAACGUGACCAAGCCUCCGGCUGAGGGCUACGUCACUCAUCUGGAUGACCACACCAAGCCCAUCACUUCCUUCACCUGGCAGGACCUCAAUGAGAUGAAGAUCGCAUACCAGCCCCCCAACAGCAGCUUCGCAGGCAGGCAAACCUAUGAGGUGGAGUUCCAGGCCAUCGAUAGCUCAUUUGCAACCAGUGACCCCAUCAUGGUUCACUUUUCAGUCAGGAAUGCAGAAACAAACGCCCCUCGAGUCUCUUGGAAUAUGGGACUGGAUCUGUUGGAGGGCCAGUCCAGACCAAUCACGUGGGAGAAUUUACAAAUCGUGGACAAAGACAACAUAGACGCGGUGUACCUGGUGGCUGUGGAUGGGCCUCUGCAUGGCCGGCUGAGUGUCAGAGGUGGGAAAGGCUUCAUGUUCAAGGUGCGAGAUCUGCGUGAAGGUGUGGUGGUGUACCACCACUCAGACAGCGACACCGCUAGGGACUACAUUGUUUUACGCAUCACAGACGGCCGACACAGCAUCCGUCACAAGUUUCCCAUCAACAUCCUCCCCAAAGACGACACCCCUCCCUUCCUCAUCAACAAUGUGGCCUUCGAAGUUCAGGAAGGGGGCUCUGUGCUUGUCGAGGAGUACAUGCUGUUGGCCUCGGAUCUGGACUCUAGCGAUGACUACAUCCUAUACCAGCUCCUCACUUUCCCACGGGCAGGAGAGAUCAUCAAGAGGUCAUCGCCACAGCAUCCGGGUGUGUCAGUGAAGAGUUUUCUGCAGAGGGAUCUGUUCCAGGGCCUAAUCUACUACCGUCACCUGGGAGACGAGGUGUUUGAGGAUUCUUUUGACUUUGUUCUUUCGGACAGCCACCAGCCGCCAAAUCUGUCCCACAGACAGACUGUGGUGAUCCACGUGUCUCCAGUGAAGGACCAGCUGCCGGUGGAGGUCUCCGGCAGCGUGCGCUCCAUUACAGUCAGGGAGACUGAAAUCAUCCGCCUCACCCAGGGCCAGCUGCACUUCAGAGACACCGAGUCCCCUGACACUGAUCUCAUGUACUUAAUAACCCAGCCAUGCUUCAGCCCCACCACCGUUGGGUUACAGGAUGCUGGCAGGCUGUUCUACACUGACAGCACUUCCUCUGUGACAAAAGACCCCACUGUCCCAGUACUGAAAUCUUUUACCCAGCAUGCAGUGAACCACCUGAAAGUGGGGUAUAUGCCACCCCUGGAGGAUAUUGGCCCAGAGCCUGUCUUUGUGCAAUUCAUCUUCUCCGUGAGUGACCAACAGGGCGGCACUCUUAGCGGCCUCGUCUUUAACGUAACGGUUAUUCCCGUGGACAACCAGCCACCCGAGAUAUUCACAAAUGCACUGAGGGUGGAGGAAGGGGGAGGAGGCUUCCUGACGGAGGAGCACCUGCUGGUGCGAGAUGUGGACACCCAGGGGACCCAGCUCAGGGUGCGCCUGAACAAGGCCCCUCGGCACGGGAGACUGGAGCUCCAGGGCCUGGUGCUGCUGGAGGGGGACACCUUCACCCUGCAGGACCUGAGGGCUCUCCGCCUCAGGUACAUCCACGAUGACUCUGAAACAGUGGAGGACACCAUUGGUCUCACAGCCACAGAUGGAAUCAACUCCGCACACGGCGGCCUAUCUGUUCAGAUCCUGCCUGUAAACGACGAGCCCCCUUUGCUUGGGGCGGGGCUGCAGAAGGGACUGAGGUGCGACGAGGGGGGGCGCGUGCAGAUCACAGCGGAGUACCUGUACGCCACGGACGCCGACAGCGACGAUGCGCGGCUCACGUACAUGCUGGCGCGCACGCCCACCCAGGGGGAACUGGAGAGGGGCCACACCACAGUGGACAAGUUCUCUCAGCAGGACGUCCUCCAAGGGCUCAUCUUCUACCGGCACACAGGUGGUGAGAUCGGGCCCAACCCUGUCUUGGACACUGUCACACUCAUUGUGUCUGAUGGGGAGGCAGGAACACUGGAGAGCUGCUGUCAAGGAGACGCCCCGCCAGUUCCCUUACACGGCUCACUUCCUGUCUAUGACCUCAACAUCACUGUGCUUCCUGUCAACAAUCAACCUCCUGCCAUAAGCAUAGGAGAGGUGUUUGUGGUGGACGAGGGCUCUUCCAGGUGCCUGUGUGGGGACGUGCUGGGAGCCUCCGACCGUGACACCCCCCCUGACGAGCUGCUCUUCUCGGUGGAGACCCCUCCACAGCAUGGCUUCCUGGAGAACACCUUACCCACUCCUGGCUUUGAGAAGAGCAAUGCAGGACUUAGUGUGGUCUCUUUCAGUCUGCUCCACCUCAAGUCUGGAUUCAUCAACUACGUCCAGUCUCAGCACCAAGGUGUGGAGCCCACGGUCGACCAGUUUGUGGUCAGCGUCAGCGACGGGGUUCAGAAGUCCACGCCCAUCCCCUUCUACAUCAUCAUCAGCCCCACCAAUGACGAGGCUCCUUCACUGCUGCUCAGCAACUUCACUGUGAUGGAGGGAGGGAUGAAAGACCUGAGUCCGGACCUUCUGGACGCAGUGGACUUGGACGUCCCCUCGGACACCCUGACCCUCUCCGUCCUUGUCCCUCCGGCCCACGGGACUCUGAUCAACGGGAUCUACGGGCUGCAGAUGAGUCGCUACAAGGACAUGGGCUCCAAACUCCUCCAGCAGAGCCUCCCAGUGCAGUCCUUCACCCUGCAGGAGCUGCGGCAAGGAAUGAAGAUCAUAUACAUGCACGAUGACACAGAAACCCUCAAGGACGUCUUCGCCAUGCAGCUGACAGAUGGCAGGCGCACAGUCCAGGGGACGGCUCACGUCCGCAUCCUACCAGUCAAUGAUGAAAAACCGCGGCUGCUAAAAAACGCGGGUCUGGAGGUGGAAGCCAUGGACAAGAGGGUCAUCUCCAGCGUGGUGCUGGAGGCAGAGGACCUGGACACCCCCACCGACCGGCUCUACUACAUCCUCAAUGCCGGGCCAAAAUUUGGUCAGCUGCAGCUGAAGACAGGGUCAGGUUGGCAUGUCUUGGGACCAGGUCAGAACUUCACGCAGGAGGACGUGGAGAUGAACCGGCUGUGGUACCUCCACACCACCUUGCAGGGGGUCAAAGGUUACGACAGCUUCCGCUUCGUCCUCAGCGACGCAGAGAACGAGUCUCCUUCCCAGGGCUUCUUCAUCUCGCUACGUACCGUCCAGAAGGGUGACAUCACUCUCGUCACCAAACCGGUGACUUUGAUGGAGGGCGAGAGGGUCAUCUUGACGACUGACGUCCUGCUGGCCGCGGACGGCGGCGGCAGGCCAGAGGAGCUGGUGUACGCAGUAUCCAUCCAGCCGUCGCACGGGCACCUCCACGCGGUCCAGCAGCCCGGCGUCCCGCUCGGCUCCUUCUCCCAGCUGGACGUGGCGGCCAAUCGCGUGUGCUACACCCACGACAACAGCCGGCUAGCGCAUCAGGACUCCUUCAGUUUUGUUGUCAGCAAUGGCGUGACGUCAAAAAGCAGCUCUCUGCGUUUCAACGUGGAGCACGGCGACCGCAUCCCGCCCACGCUGAGCAGCAAUGAAGGCCUCCGGCUGACAGAGGGCGCCACGGUGCCUAUCUCCCGGGAGAACCUGGAGCUCACGGAUCCUGACACAGCAGUCAGCAACCUGACUUACGCCCUCAUUCGGCCUCCCCAGUACGGCAGGCUGCUGCUCAGGGGACAGCCCCUGUCCCAGCCCAGAUUCACCCAGGCCGACAUCAACAACCUGGACCUGACCUACUGGCACCAGGGUGGGCCAGCCCAGAUCGACAGGUUCACGUUCCUGGCCUCUGACGGCACCAACAAAGGGUUCCUCCUGUACGGCCAGCUCAGGGAGGAGCCAGUCACCUUCACCAUAGAGGUGGAACAUGUCGACAAGACACCGCCAAGCUUGUCAGUCAAGAGAAUGCCCAGCACCGUUGAGAAUCUGCAGGGCGGCAGGCAGGGAAUCUACAUCACAUCUCGAGACCUGCAGGCCUCCGACCCUGACAGCCCAAACGAUGAACUGGAGUUCACAAUCCUGCGUUCGCCACACUUUGGGCACCUGGAGAACGCCCUCACAGGUGGAUACAUCAAAGGACGCUUCACUCAGAAGGAUUUGGACCAGCGCGCCGUGCGUUAUGUUAUUGACCCAGAGAUCGAGGUGACGGGAGACAGCUUUGAAUUCCACGUCACUGACCCUGCAGGGAACACCAUGCUGCCUGAGGUGCUGGAGCUGAAAUGGUCUCGGGUGGAGCUGUCGGCGACGUGUUUCCGCGUGUGUGAGAACGUGGGGACCCUGCCCGUGCAGCUGAUGCGCAGCGGUAACAGCAUUGACCCCGCCUACGUCGGCAUCCAGGUAGUAGAAGGCACAGCCAAAGUGGGGAGGGACUUCACCCAUAGCACAGCUGCUCUGAUCCAGUUUGAUCCAGGGGUCAACUUGAAAAGCUGGAACAUCUAUUUAAAGGAUGAUGGGUUGGAAGAAAACCACGAGAAGUUUGAGGUGGUUCUGAAAGCACCGAAAAAUGCAGUUUUGGGUCAGAGGCAAAAAGCCACUGUGGAGAUUGUGGACCCCAGAGGAGGCAGUUGUGACCCAGAAGAGCUGCGAGUGGAGGAAGACGUGGAAUCGGGCCCUGCAUUGUUCGAACCCAAAGUCCACACGUCCCACUCUCAGGUUCAAGAAGAGCACAUCCUGCAUUUACAGCCAGCGGGGGCCACGGAAAAGCAGCCUCACCCCCCUCGAGGUGACGUCCCGUACCGCCACGCCUUUGUGGACCACAGCGAGGGCGAGCUGCGGGACCAGGCGGGGCCAGGACCCCACAGCAAACAGCUGAGGGUCCUGGGCAGCAGUAGAGGCAAGGUUCGUUCCUCAGGGGUUGGAGUGAGGAGUGAAGAGACAGCUUGGACAUUCCAUGGAAUAAUUCCUCUGAGAGUAGAGGAGAAGGAACCCCCAAAACCAGUGCCAGUGCCCCAAGUCCACACUGAGCUCCUGAUCACUCCUAUCUGGACAUGGACCGGACCAGCCCGUCCUGAGGACAGGGCGGGGGAGACCCCUCAGGGAGACUCCCCUCAAACUGCAUCCCACCCGGCAGGGCACAGACGCAGGAUGGGGAAAGUCACUGGUGGUACCUGCCCGCCUGGCUGGGUCCCUCAUGAGGAGAACUGCUACACACUGAGCCCGGGCACUGCCAGCUGGACCAGUGCUCAGCAGUCCUGCGCUUCCCUUUUUGACAGUCACCUAGUGAGUGUCACCUCCAGAAUGGAUAUGAAGUGGUUGUGGAAAUUUGCUGGGAAGCAGCCCUUCUGGAUUGGAUUGACCGGUUCCUUAGGACAGUGGUCUUGGACGAAUGGUAAACCACUGUCAUUCUCCAGACUCAAGAAGGCCAGCAGUCCAGAUCCUGAGUCCAGCUGCGUGCUGGUCCAGAGUCAAAAGAGGUGGACGCCAAGGAGCUGCACUGCAGAAGAACACCGAUACAUCUGCACCACUCCUGCUCAGCAUAUCUAAGAUGCUUGUUAUCCAAGAACACUUGGAGCUGGAAUAAUGGUCCAAGGAAAGUAAUCUACAACUGUUUUAUACCGCUGAUCAUCACACAUUUAUGGAAAAUAAAUAAAUGAAUAAAUAAAUAAACAAAAAACUCUGUAUAAAAACUCUGAGCUCCGGAAUGGUUGUUAUAUUUGGAUGCAUCAGGCAAGGAAACACCAAUUUUACAUUAUUUUGUAAUAGUAAUAAUAAUUAAUUGAGAACUCUGAAUAAAUGUUAGAUUAAUAAAUAUCUAACGCCUUCUAUAGUGCUGCUAUAUACUUGAUAAACUGGAUUUUAAUAUCAUAUAACUUCUCAUAAGAACUGGAAUCUUGUCUACAUUUACAAAUCUCCAAAAAAAAAUCUUCCUUGUAAAUAUUGCUUUUUUUAUUAUUAUUUACAACUUGUGAAUGCUGUUUUCCCCCCCAAAUAAAGGCUGUGAUUGCAGCA